UUUCUCUUCUCUCUCUCGACACAACUUUCAAUUUUCUGCCACACAAAACCCACAAACGACUCGACUCGUUUUUUUGCUUUCGCUCAUUCCCCUUCCCCCUCCCUCCUACCGGUAUUAUCUCCCCCCCAUUUUCCCCAUUCCCCCUUUCUCUAAUUUCGCUUGUUUCUUGCCCGUAUUCACCACCUGCCCAGAACUCAAUCAUCAAAUCACCAUCGCAUCGCAUCGUCAAAGCAGCGGCAGCAGCAGCUAGGUUUUUGGUCUCCUACUGUCGUCUCCCUUUGCCUUUGCUACCCUAUAUUUGGUUCUCAUACGCACCGGCCUUCUCCCUCCUAGCCUAAUUCCUCCGUCCGCCUCCAAUCCAUCAUAUCACCACCGUCACGGCCCCCUCCCGACCCUAGAGUUCAUAUCUUCAUUCACCUUUUCAUCACCUCCACCUCCCCAUCCGCUCCUUUCAGCCCCGAAACGCACCAUCAUUUCUUUCCCUGGUGUACACAGCAAGAAAGAAUACAAGUUUUUAGUCAAAACAAAAAAAGAUUUUCAGACGCGUCCUACAUAACCUGAAUUGAAAAGAAAACAGCCCUGAAAACCGAGAUGAGUUCUCCAAGCGCUUCCGGAGCUACGAAACGCCCUCUUGAGGAUUCAUCCUCUCCAAAUAUUAGGGAUGAACAUGAUUCCAAACGCCCUUACCUUGACAAGGACGCUAAGGCGGAAGGUGAAUCCAGCAGAGCCUCAUCCCCUACCCCUACCAAGACUGAGGCCGCUACCGCUGUUAGCAAGUUGGAUUCUGAGGAGGCAGCUCCAGAGACCAAGGAUGCCGACACUGAUGUUCCUGAUGCCCCUCAAGGAGCUGGCCAGCAAGGCCAGCAAGGCCAGCAAUCUGUCCCACAGGUUGACGAGAGUAAUUGGAUUCACAUGCGCGCGGUAAUCACUUCUGCGGAAGCGGCAACUGUAAUUGGAAAGGGGGGUGAGAAUGUAACUCAGAUUAGAAGGAUGGCUGAAGCAAAGUGCACUGUCUCUGACUACCAGAGGGGAGCUGGUGAGAGAAUUUUAACGGUUAGCGGAGCUGUGGAUGCUGUCGCCAAGGCAUUUGGACUUAUCAUUCGCACGUUGAAUAACGAACCGCUUGAAGAAGCCUCAUCCCCCCAGUCCAAGACUUAUCCGCUUAGGCUCUUGGUUCCCCAUAUUCUGAUUGGUUCGAUCAUUGGAAAGUCAGGUGGAAGGAUUAGAGAAAUCCAGGAGGCUUCGGGCGCUCGUCUUAACGCGUCUGGCUCGUGUCUUCCUCUUUCUACCGAGCGUUCCUUGGUCGUUCUUGGUGUUGCUGACGCGGUUCAUAUCGCGACGUACUAUAUUGCCAAUACUCUUGUGGAACAAUUGACGGAGCGUUUCGGCGGCCCUGCUGCGUCUGCGUAUGCGACUCGUUCUGGUGGGCCUGCCGGCCCGAUGCCUGGUGGGAUGCAAGUUGUCCCAUACCAACCACAACCUCUUCAUGGAUCUUAUGGAAAUCCUGACACUUACAAACGCCACAACAACAAUGCCCAGCGGACCCCCAACAAUCCUUAUGGGAUUCCCUACCUCCAUGGGCCGGCCCCAGCUCCGGUCCCCCAGGCUCCCAUCCACUAUGCUGACCCUCAGGCCGCUAGUGCCUAUUCCGGCGCUGGCCCUCACCAACCCGGUCAGGCUGGAGCUGGACCCACUCCUCAGCAGGGGCCUGCGCCUAAUCCUAUGGCUAACAUGUUGCCCGGCCAACCGCUUACCCAACAAAUCUUCAUUCCUAACGAUAUGGUGGGAGCCAUCAUUGGAAAGGGUGGAGCCAAGAUCAAUGAGAUUCGACAAUUGUCGGGUAGCGUCAUCAAGAUCAAUGAACCUCAAGAUAACAGCAAUGAAAGAUUGGUCACUAUCACUGGUACCCAGGAGUGUAAUCAGAUGGCCUUGUAUAUGCUGUAUUCCAGACUCGAGAGCGAAAAACACCGAAUUUAAAGAGUGAAAACGGGAGGGGAACAAGCAAAAGCAAACUAACAGCACUACCCGGGGGGACUAAAAUGGGGGAAGGGAUUAUUUCCGGGAAACGGCGCUUGGUUUUUUUUUCUUUGUAUCCAAAUCAUCUCUUUUUUUACGCUGAAAUCUUAUCCGUUGUCUUGCUUACCUUUUUUCCAACUACUGUAACCUUUUUGUUUGCUCUGGUUUGAUUGAUUGAUUGACUGACUGAUGAUGCUUUGCCUACUUCCUCUGAAAAUCUUAUCAAAGCCAAAAAGAAAGGGAAAAAAAGGGAAGUAAGGGGAAAAGGGAAUCCAAAACAAACAAUCGGUCUUCGAAAACAUGGGAGGAAGUGGACGUGAACCUGAUUUAUACUUUUUUUUUUUUUUGGUUACGACUUUUCUUUCUUUUUUUGUGUGCGUACUGGUUUGCAUGUGUUGGUGAAUGUGUGGGGUGUGUAUGGCAUAGCGUCUUCUUGGUUUGAUUCGAUUCAAAGUUGCUAGGUAAAAACAGUGCCUAAGUACAGCAUCUUGUGCGCAUCGUACGGAUGAAUGAGAUGAACAGGUUGACCACUGUA